AUGCCCUCCAGCAAAUUGCGGGAAGCCACGGGUGCUGGUCGUGCUGCUGGGCGGCGCUCAGUCAAUGUGUUCCGGGAAGAUCCCAUUGUUUCGGGACCCCGCUCCAGUCGGAACCGAAAGAAGAUUGUAGAAGUUGCUACAAGUGACGAGGAAGAAAUCGACGAUCAAGAAGAGGAUGAAGUCGACGAUGAAGAUGCACCUGGUGAUGACGACGAUGAUGAAGAUGCCGAUGCCGAUGCCGAUGCUGAUGCCGAUGCUGAUGCUGACGCUGAUGGUGACAUCGAUAUGGAUGACAUCCCACUUCAGCCGCCUACCAGGCGCGGUAAGAUCAGUCCUCCGUCUCGCGCCAAGCCUCCCAAGAGUGUGGAGGCCAAGGAGAUGGAGAUGGAAGAAGACGACGACGACGAUGAGGACGAAGAAGAAGAGCCUAUCUCCGAUACGGACGAAGAUGCCGAAGCGGAGGCUGAAGAUCAGGAUGAAAUUGCAGUUCCAGACGUCAACGUUGAUGAUCUAGAUGAUCUUGACGAAGAGGAUGAAAUAGACGACAUGGACAGUGAUGCCCUUGCUAUGCAAAGUGGCAAGACCACCAAGCGCCAGCGAGGAAAUCUGGGCAAUGAUUUCUUGCAGCUUCCCAUGGAGCCCCAAGUCAAGAAGCAUUUGACCGCCGAGGAGCGCCAGAUGCGUCGUGCGGAGAUGGCGCGGCGAAGGAAGAACCUGAGCGAGAAGCGGAACGAAGAAGAAAAGAUGGACACAAUUAAUCGACUGCUAAAGAAGCAGGCCCCCAAGCGGCGUGGUCGACAGGCAGCUGAGGGCGCGGAUGUCACACCCGGCGGCCAAGAAGGCGCCGAGACUGAGAAAGCUGACCCUACCCUGGUGCGGUGGACCAGUGGUCCAAACGGCUGUAAAGUCAGCGUGCCAGAAGAAUGGCUGGGUACACCUGCUGGGCGUGUCUUCGGCGCCCCUGCAGUUCACACGGGAAAAAUGGUUGAAGAGGUUUGA